UUCACGGGCAGCAAACGCGCACACAGGAACAGGAGCGCAGGCUCACCGUCUGUAGAAUUUAGCUCACCUGGGCACAAACAAGAAGGCAGAACAAGAGAAAAUAGGAAACAUUGGCCGUUUGACGGACAUCUUUGGAGAAUCAACCCCCAUCUUUGCUGCAGCAUGGGGUUUGGAAAUUCAUCUGAAAUGCAGAUGGAGCAGACCAAGAAGCACGUGGACUAUUGUUCAGGCCCAUGCCAUGCUGAGCAGAUUUUGCAGGUCUUGAACAAUUACAGGCAGAAUGGCAUCUUUACAGACGUGGUGCUUCAGGUUGGCACAGUGGAGUUCCCCUGCCACCGAGCUGCUCUUUCAGCCAACAGUGUCUAUUUUCGGGCCAUGUUUCACAGCAACUUGAAAGAGAGCUGCCAGGAUAAAGUGAAGAUCCACGAUAUUUCACCAUCCACUAUGGAGGACUUAUUAAAUUUUAUGUAUGAAGGGAAAGUGGACAUCCAUGAGGAUAAUGUGGAGUCAAUUUUUCUGGCAUCUGAUCUCUUGCAGAUAAAUGUCGUUCGUGAUGCUUGUGUCAGAUUUCUUGAAAAGCAAAUUGAUCCUUCCAACUGCCUGGGAAUUCUCAAGUUAGCACGAUCCUUCUCUGUUCACACCCUGACUGAGAAAUGCACCAAGUUUUUGUUUGAGGAUUUUGCUGAAGUGUUCAAACACGAGGAAUUCCUUCUGUUGUCAGACGUGGAGCUCGUUGAGUUUCUCUGCAGCGAACGGCUCACAGUUGAACAUGAGGCUGUUGUCGAUGCGGUGAUUCGAUGGCUUCACCAUGAUGUUCCUGCAAGAAAGGCGCACCUGAAGGACCUACUGGCAUUAGUUCAGCUUCCUUUGCUUGACCCUGUGUAUUUUGUUAAUAAAAUUGAAAUGGAUGAAGUUAUCAUGAACUCUGAGGAGUGUUGGCCCUUACUUCAAGAAGCUCGGCGAUAUCAUAUUUUUGGAAAUGAAGUCAUGUCUGCAAGGACCCAUCCUCGCAGAUUUUUAGGAAUGACUGAGAUGUUAGUAGUCAUUGGCGGCUGUGAUAAAAAGGGAUUCUUUCAACUCUCAUGCACUGAAAAAUAUAACUUUGAAACAAAAAAGUGGACGGCAGCUGCUACUGUUCCAGGGGGUUUAAAAUCUGAAUUUGCAGUAUGCACACUUCAAAACGACAUCUAUGUGUCAGGUGGCCAUAUCAACAGCAAGGCUGUGUGGAGGUACAUGUCAAAGCUCGAUGCAUGGGUUCAAGUUGCACCCUUGAACAAAGGGCGAUGGAGGCACAAAAUGGUAGCACUUCAAGGCAAGAUUUAUGUAGUGGGAGGAUUUGAUGGAAAUGGCCGAGUGGCCAGUGUUGAAUGUUAUAAUUCCUUUACCAAUGAAUGGCGUCCUGUUGCUGCUUUGCUGGAGGGUGUGAGCUCCGCUGCUGUCACCACAUGCCACAACAAGCUGUUUGUGAUUGGUGGAGCUGUUAACGAUCAAACCAAUACAAACCAAGUUCAGUGCUAUGAUCCAGAUGAAGAUAAAUGGAUUCACAUGGCCCCUACUCCAUUUUACCUGCGUUGCCUGAAUGCUGUCACUCUUGACAAAACCAUAUAUGUUGUUGGUGGACUUAUGGAAAAAAUGUAUAGCUAUGUCCCAGAAAAGAAUCUGUGGAGUGAAGCUGUGACUUUGCCCGGCCCCUUGGAAAGCUGUGGCAUGGCAAUUUGCAAUGGCAAAAUGUACAUUCUUGGUGGCAGGAAUGAACAGGGAAUGGGCACAGACAAGGUAUUCAGCUUCGAGCCUUCUUCAGGAGAAUUUACAGAGGAGCCCCCCAUGCCUCGCUGCCUCAUUUAUCAUGGCUGUGUCACCGUCACUCAGCCCUUCAAGAGAAACCUGAAGCUGUGAGACAUUAUCUUCUCCUGCUUAUUUAUGGUCACACUGUAGUACCUGAAGAGUACCUUGAAGGGUUCAGCACCUCUGCAGCUAUUUAGUCCCUGUGGGACAUUAAGAUUUAUUUCCUCAAAUGGUACAUUAAAAUGGAAUUGUCUUACCUACAAUCGAUGGAUCUGUGGGUGCAGUUUUCAGAAUGCAACUAAUUGCACUCUGGGUAUCAUAUGAGAAAAUGUUCUAUUAACUACAACCAACAUUCCACACCUUCAGGUAAUGUCGCAAAGGAACUUACAGUAUGUGAAGAAUUCAUAGCUCUGUACACGGUGCCUCUGCCUUGAUAAUGAUCGAUCAUAAUUGGUCAUUGCAGUUUCUCUCUCCAUAUUCCGGGGGGUGCCGGUAUUUAUGCCUACUGUAUGAAGCUGGUUCAUUAUUAUGGGAAGCCUUAUCCUUACUUUACAUUUUUGUUGGAUAAAAUGUUAGGGACUUUUGUCCCACCACUAGGUAGUAAGGAUUUAUGUGAUGUAGCAUAUACUGUAUAAUGUGAUGUAAUUCAAUGUAAACAAACUUUUCAUUCUUUUUUUUUUAACAAAAAAUCAAUUGGUUGUGUUUACUUCACCUUCUUCAUAAUUUUAUCAUGUUUAAUUUAGAAAAUAUGUAAAGUCCAAAAUAAGCAGUUAGGAUUUAGCAUAAUGAUGACUAGGCAGUGUGGUAGCUCAGUGAUUGUUAGUGCUGCGUCACAGCUCUGGGGACUAGAGAUUCAGUCCCAGCCUUGUCUUUUUCUGUGACGAGCUAUCCACUUAGAAUUCAUCAUGUUCAUGUUCCAGGUCCCUCCCAUGUCUUAUAGAUAUGGAGGCUAAGAGAGCUGGUGACUCUAACUUGGCCUGUAUGGCUGUUUGUGGGUGUGUGUCCUACAGCAGACUACUGACUCCCUCAUCAUUGAUUCCUAUGGUGUAGCCAUUGCUUCCAGGAUAGACUCUGGCUCUCUGCAACCCAUUAGUGAAAAACUGGUUUCAGAAAAUGGAUGAAUAGAUUAUCUGAACAACACCUAGAAUUCCGGCCUGGAAUCACUAGCCAAUUCAUAGUUCAGAAUUGCACCAAAUGAAAUUUUGCAUGUCCAUAGCUUAACGGUAUAGUCGCAAAAUGGUGUUUGCCUCACAACAGCAGAAACCGUUCUGUGUGCAGUUUUCACAGUCUGUGUGGGGUUUCUUCAGGUGCUUCUGCUUCCAUCAGCAUCAUAAAUAAGAAACACAUUACAUUAAUUGGAGUCUCCAUAUUGGUUAGGUACAAGGCACAUGUUGGAGAGUAGCCUGGGACUGAUUAAUGCCAACACACACACGCGCCUGCCUUCGCAUGUUGCUGCCAGGAAUCACCUUAUCCUUUAGGUUCAUAAUUAGGAUGGACACAUAGACUAUAGUGACCUAAUAAAUGACACACAUCAGUGUGCAAUGAAGUCUGCCAACAUACAGCAUGCGCCACUUCAAGCUUAUAGAUCAGGGGUCGCCAACUCCAGUCCUGGAGGACCACCAUGGCUGCAGGUUUUCAUUCUAACCCUUUUCUGAAUGAGUGACCUGUUUUUGCUGCUAAUUAAUGUCUUUUAAACUAAUAUUAACUGAUUUGCUCUUGAAGACUCAGACCCUUUUUCCUUAAUUAGCAGUCAAACAAUAAUGAGAUACAAAAUGAGCCAAAACAACUCGUGUCCAUCACACAAUAUCUGAAACUAAAGAAAGAUGAAGGUCUCAGGAAUGUUGCUCUGCUCAAGUCCCAAAAACAUUUUAUCAGGGCUCUUAGAAAAGAGAAAAUCAACAAUUUUGGAAAUGUCUGCUAAUGCACCACGAGAGCAGCAACAAGCCACGAAAUUAAAGAACUGGUUUAAUUAACAACAGGAAUUGGCACCUCAUUAAGCAGCUGUUUGGAGUGAAAUUGGUUGGAGUUUGAAGCCCUGACUUAGUUGGUCUUCUGUUGGCUCCCUCACUUUAUAUUUCAUUUCUGUUUGGGUGCCAUUUAAGGAAAGAAAUGAAGCAAUUCAAAGGAACAAUGAAGAAAUUCAGGAGAACAAAUCUUAAAAAAGCAAUUCAAUUAAAAUGAAUUCACAAGAAAUUAAUGAACAGCACAAACUGGGCACUCGAUUAAAAAGGGUUAGAAUGAAAACCUGCAGCCACGGUGGUCCUCCUGGACCGGACUUGGCGACCCCGUUAUAGGUGACUUACUAGUGUAAUGCAAAGAUCUUUCCAUUAUUAAACCUGCUUAAUUCAGUUCAGGAUUUGUGGAAAAGGUGAAAAAGAAAAGACAAUCUAGGAAAUUAAACAAAAGAUGACUUUAUUCAAAAAUUAAGGCAAAAAUCAGAAAGGCUUACAAAAACAAAGAAAAGAAACCUAGCCUCUUAAAAACAAAAAGAAUCCAAAGACUUUCUUAAAAAUGUAAAAUUAGUCAUACAAAAAGAUAGAGAAACUCAUUGCCAAUCCUCAAAACAAGAUUUAAUAAGUCUAAUACAGAAGUGGGUAAUCGUAAACGAGAAAAAUUUGAAAUCACGAGGUUAUCCCAAAAAUGGGGAAAAACACCAAAAAUCUUAAAAGCAAAACACAACAAUAUAACCUUAGUGUUCACCUUGACUGGGGCCUGUGAAUGCCUCAUGGGUGGGCUCAGAUGCUAAUCCACCUGCAAUAUUAGGAGGCACCGUCCCCUGGGGGCAACACGAAAAGGAGAAGAAACAAAAGAAAAUUACAAAGUAAUCACAAAGUCUACCAGAAAAACAAAAUGUUUUUGCUCGUCUGCGUGUUUUUUUAGACUUGUGGGUUCCAAAUCCAAAUCAGGCGACAGAAUUGUUCUACCACAUCCAGUUUUUGAGAGAUGAAGGUUUAAAAUAAUUUUUUAAAAAAAAAUCUCUAUUUUAGGGAAAAAAGUAAUUUUUUAAAAUUAAUUAUUUAGACUUGAAAAAUAAUAAAUUACAUAAGAAGAAUUGUUUUAAAUAUAAACAUUAUUUACAAAAUGGAGUCACCUGGUAUUUGUUUUCCUCAUAUUUGUUUCAUGGUGGAAUGACCAGCAGAAGGGUGCCAACACAGACUCCCUCCACUUGCCACUGUAACGUCUCUCCAAAUGAGCGAUGUCCUGGUGGAACGUCUCCCCAUGUUCAUCAGAAACGGCUCUCCUAUUCUCAGAGGAAAUCGAUUUUUUAAAGACUUGUGUUAGGUACUGUAGAAAGAGAGAAGCUCAACUUAUUCCUCAUAAUUUUCCACUCUUGAAUUUCCAAGAAAACUAUGGCACAUGCUAUUUUUUUACAAUACAUUAUUGGUGUGUAUUCUUUUAGUGUUUGCUUGCCUGUUAACUUGGCCAAGGAAAUGGAUGGAUCCACCUGACCUUGCAUAUUUCUGUAGACACAAUUUAAACAACUUUUUCUCAUCUGGACAAUAAAAAGGCAUCCGUAUAACCUUGUAAACGUAAAUUCCUGUCUAUUUUGAAGGAAUAAGUGGAAAGAAAAAAAAUACUGAUUGAGAGCAAACAAUGUGUAGUAACUACUUCAUUUUGGGUUGUUUCCACCUCAUCCAGCUUCAAGAACGAGGAAGACUGCCAUUUUCAGCUCAAAAUACACUUUAAAUAAUAUUUUGAGCAUAGAAAAUGCCAUAAAACAAAUUUAACCUAUUCCUAAAAUAAGUUAAAAAUGGCAUUUUUCACUGAAUCCAUUAUCUUGCGGAAACAGUUUGCGAUAGAGAAAUUCCAGUUUCAGAAACAUAAAUUUGUAAAGUACACCGAUUGUUUUGCAUGGGAGGAUAAAUACUUUAUUUAGACAUUUUUAUUCAGAGCCCCAUGAUUUGAAAACUUUUUAUUUUAAGGAGGUUGUUGUGACAUACACGGGAAAACCUUCCUCUGAAGUCAAUAUAAAAUAACUGCAGGCAGGAAACACCACAGACACUUAAAAUGAAAUUUCAAGGCCUUUCAUUUUUGUUAAAUUUUUAAUUAAAAUAUGUUUUGGAAAGAUAAAAUAUAAUUCAGGAAACCAAAAGUUUCUUUGAGCCAAUUUAGUUUAAAAUUUGCUUUUAGAGGAUUGUAGUAAGAGAGUGAGGUUUGGUGGCGUGCAGUUGAACAAAGAAACACGUCACAUAUACCACAGACCCCCAGACAAACUUGUUUGGGGUUGAUGCCUAAAACACUUUCAAAUUUCAACCCCAGUUAAACACUUUCUCCCCCAUUUUAUUUUUCUGCCCUUUUGCUGACUAAAGUUUUGCAGUUCUGUUCGCAGGUAAUUAAAUUGAGAAGCCUGAAGUAUUAUUGGACAGAGAUUUGGUUCCUUUUCCUUUAUCAACAGCAGAAUCAUUCCAGUCAGCAAUCUUCAUUUUAACUUCACUAAUUAAAGGAACCAAAUAAUUUCAAUGGAAAAGAAAAGAAACAGAAAAACUAUUAAUGAAAUUGCAGUAAUGGAUCUCUAGCAAGAACCUGACACAGAAUCAAAGGGACUGAAGGGAAUUCUGGCAGCAGUGGGCAAAGCUGUUACAACUAAGCAGGGCUCCACUCUGUUGCAGGACACACACACACACACACACACGCACACGCACACACACACACACACACACAGCACAAUUAUAUCUGACAGUAAACCUAAGACUCCAGACUACCUGAAGAAGAACCCACUGAGCUGAUAAUCCACUCAAUGAACCUGAAGGCAAACAAAUUGAGGACCUCUAUUUAAAAAAAAAAUACAUAUCAAAUAUUAAAUGUAAUGUCAUAAACAUUUUUAUAUUAGAAGUUUUGAAAAUAAUAACUACCACACAUUCCAAAUACAGGACCGGUUUUAGUGUCUGUAUGAAAUUAUACUGUGAAUUUUCAGGACUGCGUGUUUCUAGUCUUGGAAACCUCUGUGUGUUUGCUUUUGUGCACUGAUGCUGUGAUGGAAAUCAAAUUGACAUUUUUGGCCUUUACGGUGAUUAGUUUCAUCACGGUAUCAUACCAGUUACAUAGUAAAUUUGUUAAAAGUGUUCUGUUAUCACUGAAUGACAUAAAAUGGAAAUCCUUGGGAAGGAAAAUGUGAAAGAUGCCAAAUUUAAAGGCAUAAAUUGAGUAUUUGUAAUGCUUCACAACAUUCUUUCUAUGAGCCACCUAACCAUUUCUUUCACGUCAACAUCAAUCUGCACAACAUCAUUUAAGAUAUAUAUCUAUUUUUUUAACUAAUUUAUAUUUAUGACUUAGAGAUUAAUGUAUUCAUUUGUUAGUGUGUUUUGUUAGCGCAUAAACAGCACAAAAUAUUGUGCAUCACUUCUGUCUUUGAAUUACAACUGACUUUAAACCAGUACACAAUCAGACUUGGGCAGGUCUGUUCCUGUGUGCCCAUUCCUUUUCUUAAAAGAUUCUUAUGUAACAUGAUGGAUAAAAUGCUACAAAUGGUUUAAAAGAUUUGUGUUUCUUCAUACAAGUUGUCUUAUGUGUAAUGCCAUGAGGUUGGAAGCUGUUAGAAGUGAUGAACUCCUCAGCUUUGUAGUCAGAAAUAAAGUUUGGCUUCUUGUUUUAAAACUCAUCAUUUUGUAAACAUAAAGUUAAAUAAAGAUUCUUGUUUCUGUC